AUGCCGUCUGUCGAGGAAGACGUACAUGAUAACGACAGACGCAUCUUCACGCCGCCGCCGCGCAUCGCCGCUCGUUUCUACCGACCGUCACAGGCACGCCGCAGAGACUCGGCCGCCUCGUCCCGCCGCAACUCCUUCUCCUCCGCCCACUCCCGCUGCUCCUCCAUCCAGCCCUCCAGCCGCCGCGAUGGCGACCAGAGCAAAUACGUUGCGCAGCACGUUCGCCGGACAAACUUCUUGGAGGACCGCCGCGCCCGGCUGGCCGACAGGGCUGCCCACGCCGAAAAGGUGCGCCUGAGGGCCGCCCUGGCCAAGGCGGCGCCUCGCGGACAGACGACCUCGGAGGAACGCGCGCUGGCUGCGGAGCAGGCGAGGCAGCGCAACUUGGCCGAGAUUGUGGCCAGCUGCGCAGAGGAGGUCAAGAAGGCCAAGCAGAUUGCCGAGUCCACCAAGGAGCGGCGCGAGCAGGAAAUUGCAAAGAUGAAGGCGCAGAUGGAGGAGCGCAUGGCCGAGGCGCAGAGGCGAAGGGAGGAGCUGCGAAACAAGACGGCUGUCAAGCGUGCCAGGGGCCACAGCGUCGUCAACAAAAAGUCCACGGAAGCGCUGCCGCAAGCCAAGGCCGUGCAAAUGACUGAUGAUGAAGCAGCUGCCAAGAUUCAGACUUGGUGGCGCGGGUGCGCGAGGAAGAAGAUUCUCAAGGAAUUCAACGCCCUUGGCCUCAGUGUGGAUGGCAUCAGAGACACUUCAUUCGACACUGUCGUUCAGCUGCUUGCUCAGGAAAAGGUUCUCCUGGUUACGGCCCAGCUUCUCAGGAUCUGUGGCUUGCAAGAGGGAGAGCCGGGCUCUGUUGACGAAAUGGCGGCAGUUCGCACGUUUCUGAGUGCUUUCCUCAUCCUUGGCCAUCCCAACCAAGUGCUCAACAACUUCGACGAAGGUCCGGAAGAUGGGGAAUUAGAAUCACAGCUCAGCGGUCAUCGACUGCCCGCUACAGAUCUCAGCAACCCCCAGCUGCAGGAUUUGGUCGACAAAGCAAAGGAUGUUUUGAUUUCCUUUGAAAAUAUUCUGGCCUGGCUGACACCGGCCAACCGAUACACAAUGCCUCCCUCACUGCACACGACGUUCCCACAGGCCUACUCGGUGUUCUAUAACGCAUUCAUUGCAUGGAAGUCGAGGGACUCGAAUGCCCUCAUCGAGGUCAUGCUGAUGCAGAUGGUGGAGCUCGACGCCAUUUACCACACCGUCAAGGAGACUUCGGAUGAUGCCGCCGCGGCGCUGUACCGCAAGAGCAUCGAAGACAGCCAGACCAUGCUGAUUGUAAGAAUCAAGAGGCUGGCAGGCCCAGAAAGGGGCAAGAAGCUGUUUGUGCAAGCCAUUAGAGAGGCGAGGAAAGCACGCAGGGCCAAGAAACAAGCCGGCGACACCAAGCCUCGAGUCGCCGACAGCGAAAGCGUGUCGGGAGAUGCUCAGACGACGGCCAACGACUUUGUCUCGUCUGAUUCUCAGAUGCUCACGCCUCCCUCGACGCCAGCCAGCAAGAGCCAGGCUAAGGCAACGACUGUUAAGCCCGGCCUAAACGGCCUAAUUCCCGACAACCGCGUCGUUGUGCACGAGCUGGCCAUUAACAAGGAGUACCAGAUCCCUGCCGAGGAGUACGUGGAGCAGCAGGCUGCCACUUCUCGGCCUCUCUACGUCCAGAUGCGGGCGGCCAUGGGAGGUGCCUCGGACGAGGCAAACUUUCGCAUCUUUAUGCUCAGGGCUAGUCACAUCAAGGACAAGCUGCAGCGUCCGCUAAAGGAGGGAAACCCAAUGUUUAACCUGAUUGGCGAAAUCCUGGACGUGGACAUUGCGCAGAAGCAAUUUGAAAUGGGAAGCUUUUCGUACGAAAAGUUCUUUUCGGCCAUGGCGUCUCUCCUGCCCAAGCUGUGCGCGCCGUUCCGAGAUGACCAGGUCAAGGACCUGGUGCAAAACAAGCUGGGCGAGGGCAACGUGAUUGACAGGAUCGAGGCCCUGGACCGGUUUGUCGACGUCAUGCUCUGCGACUACAUCAACUACCUGCUCAAGAUGGCGGCACCGCAACUCAUCGAAUCAGCCGUCCCGUACGAGACGAAACGAUUCGGUGAGGAGCUAGGGGACGAACAGGACAAUCUGCCGGUUGCCGAGGCUGCUUGGCGGUCGGCAAAGGACAAGGUCAUGGCCGAAGUCCACAAGAGGGACGUUGAAGGCAUCAACCACCCCAAGUCGCGACCCACGGCGUCCAAGAUUUAUGCCCAGAUGCUCGUGGACGUCUUUACGCAGCCCACGCCGGUUGGCCCCGAGCAGAUUCCGGAGAUGCUCCGCCUCGACCAGGCCCGCAUCAACCAGGUGUCGACCAUGGUCCAGCGAAUCAUUACCGUGGGCGCCGUGCUGCUGCAGUGCAAAAACCUGCUCAAGCGCGAUGUACGAUCGGCGUGGAAGACAGAGGCUGCCCGUGUCAUGGCUGUCCUCGAGGCCAACCAUGCCUCGGUAGAGACGGCGGUGGAAGGCACCAUGGCCGCUCUGGAGGCGGGCCGUUCCAUGCCUCCUCCUACCAAGACUCACCUUCGUGCCCUGGUGACCAAGGUGCUGACGGCGAGUCGGGAGAUGGCCCUCCGGUCGACGGAGCCGCGGGAUCCGGUCUUGCGUCUUCUCCUCACGCGUCUACGGGGCAACAUCUUGGCUCGCUUGGCGUCCGGCUCGGCUAGCGAAAAGGUCAAGGCUGCGAACACGGCGGGCGAGAAGCUGGCGAGCCUUGGGCUGUCCGAGUUUGUGGAAAAGGUUAGGCAAAUGUCUGACUUGCUGGACAAGGUGGGAGCGGUUGAUCGAGCAGCUCAUGCGCCGUGGUGGGAUGUAGUUGCGAACAAGGCCCAGCAGGAUGAUGCAGAUGCUUAG